AUCUUCACACAUUUGACUCACACACUACCGUACAGUAGAUAGAAAUAACCAGAUAUUAACCGCAGUCUCCCCCCGGAGGAAUUUCACAAGAGAGAGAGAAAAAAUGGCGAUGGAUCCGAAAGCAGACAAGCUCAUAAGGAGAACGGCCAUGGUGGCCUCCAUCACAGCCGCCUACUUCCUCCUCACCGCCGACUACGGCCCUCAGGAGAAUGCCUUAGGCCCUAUAAAGAGAGGCAUAGAAUCUGUUGAGUCCUCUGUGAAAAAUUUUAUCUUUGGCCGUGGCAAAGAAACUGAAGGUAAUCAUCAGACCUCAUCUCAACCGAAAAAGCCUGAACAAGAUGAUAAGGCGAAAGCGAAGUAAGCAUUGGAGAACUGAAGGCAAUCCCUAGUCUUUUGACAUUUACACGUAAUGCUGCUUUUAAUUAGAAGAUUGAUAUGUUUGGGGAUAGUCUUUUGUCACUGUUGUUUUCUGCUGAUACCGAGUGCUAUAAAACUCAAUUGAGUUGUAUAUGGUAUAUGGUUUCCUAACUAUAUGGAUGAUAUAAGUUUCUGUUUUCGAUCU